AUGAACUCGGCAGGCCCUAAGUCCCAUGUCGAGGACGAGAAACUACAAGCCAAAGUGACCUUGCACGGAAGAAGCUACAACCUUCCCAAGCGCCCAGUAGUCGUCGUCUGCGUUGAUGGCUUCGACCCAGAGUAUCUCCAGCAUGGUAUCGAUACUGGGAUCUUGCCCACAAUGAAAGAAUUCACUCUUUCAGGGUUUCAUCGUACGGCCAAUGUCUCCAUGCCCUCCUUUACGAACCCUAACAAUGUUUCAAUCAUCACCGGCGUUCCGACUGCUGUCCAUGGAAUCGCAGGGAAUUAUUUCCUUGACCGUGACACUGGGAAGGAAACAAUGAUUGUCGACGACUCACUCCUUCGAGGGUCAACCAUUUUGGCGGAACUGGCCCAUCGCGGCGUGCGAAUCGCAGCUAUUACUGCCAAAGAUAAACUGCGGAGAAUCUUGCAACAUGGUCUGCAAGGGAAGCAAAAUAUCUGCUACUCGGCUGAGUUUGCAGACGAUGAUGUGCUUGAAUGGCUCGGGAGAAGCUCUCGCCCAAGCCAGUACUCUGGCGAUCUUUCACUAUUCGUCCUCGACGCCGGGAUCAAGCUCCUCAAAGAAGACCGCGCAGAUGUAUUCUACCUCACUCUGUCAGAUUACAUCCAGCACAAGUACGCCCCCGGAGAGCCACUGGCCAACGAGUUCCUCUCGGAGAUUGAUAGCCGCCUCAGAUCGCUUGUGGACCUUGGUGCCAUCGUUGCAGUGACGGGCGAUCACGGCAUGAGUGACAAGUCCGACGCUGCGGGUGAGCCAAAUGUCUUGUUCUUGCAAGAUGAGCUGGAGAGUAAAUUCGGAGAAGGCUGUGCACGUGUCAUAUGCCCCAUCACCGAUCCCUUCGUCAAGCACCAUGGAGCACUCGGGUCCUUUGUCCGUGUGCACUUGAGUGAAAAGGCCACCGAGCUCGUUCCUGAGAUGGUGAAGCACUGCCAGACCUUUCCACAGGUCGAGGUGGUGAUGCUAAAAGAUGAGGCAGCACAAAAGUGCGAGACACCAAUUGACCGAGAGGGCGACUUUGUUGUGAUAUCCUCGAAGAAUGCCGUCAUCGGUGCCAAGGCCAAAGAACACGAUCUUACGGUUUUGAAGGGUCAUAGACUACGAUCUCACGGCGGGUUUUCAGAGCAAAAAGUGCCGCUUCUUAUGUCCCAACCCAGCACUUGGUCGGAUGAAGCCGGGACUGAGAAGAGAACCUGGAGAAACUUUGACAUUUUCGAUCUUGUGUUGAACUAUGGACAAUAG